AUGUUCCUUGGUCCAUCCCAUUCCUUAUUCAAAGCCGUGUCCUUCCUUGUUGACUGUUCUGCUGUUCCUGGGUUGUACUCAAAGGUCAUUUAGUGAAACAAAUUUUACUACGAAAUGGCUUCAAACGCUGCUAAAACUCCAAUAAUGCAAGCAAUUUCGAAACGUAACUAUGCUACUGCUGCCAAGAUUGCACAGGCAUGUGCUGAGGUCCAAGUCAAGGUGUUGCCCAACAAGCUGAUAUUAGCAGCUGCCGAUAGUGAAGUGCCAAUCAGCAGGGUCUCUUUGCUGUUCAGAGCUGGCUCAAGGUAUGAGACCCCUGACAACCUAGGAGUGAGCAGUGUACUGCGCUCAUCCGGUGGUCUGACCACAUCCAAUUCGAGUGGGUUCGGCAUCGUCCGCAACUUGCAGCAGAUCGGUGCGAGUCUCAGUGUCACAUCGGACCGUGAGAGCAUCGCCUACACGCUGGAUGCCACACCUGACAAAAUUGAAAAAGGAUUACCAUUCCUUGUCGAUGCAGCCACCAAGCAGGUGUUCAAACCCUGGGAACUGGACGACCAGGUUCCGCGUAUCAAAUACGAACUGGCCACCACUUCCCCUCAGGCCAAGGUUCUAGACUUGGUGGUCAAUGCAGCCUACAGGAGUGGGCUGGGAAACUCCAUAUUUGUAAAAGACUACAACAUCGGCAAAAUAAACUCUGAAACUCUGCAGUACUUUGUGGCGCAGAAUUUCACAGCACCCCGAGGAGCCUUGGUGGGUGUAGGAGUGUCGCUGGAGCACUUGCAUCACUUAGCUGAGAGUCUGAACCUGCCAUCUUCACCUGGCAGUCAUGAAGCCCCCAAAUACUACGGUGGAGAGAUCAGGCACGAUCUACCAUCUUCACACGUCCACAUUGCACUGGCUGCCGAGUCUGCAGGACUCAAAACGAAGGAGGCACUAGUGUUCUCAGUGCUGCGAGCGGCGCUUGGUGCUGGUUCCUAUGUCAAGUAUGGAGUAGGCGCAGGACCCCUCGGCAAGCUGAUCGCCGAGUCCAAGGAACCUCUCGGGAUCUCGGCCUUCAGUAACUCUUUCUCCGACUCUGGCUUGUUCGGUCUGGUGCUGUCCACCACAGCCCAUAAUGCCAAAGUGGCGGUUGAGGCGGCAGUGAAGCUGCUGCAGAGUGGUUCAGUGAGUGACGCUGAUGUGGCGAGGGGCAAGGCGUUGGUGAAGGCGACACUGCUGCAAAACUAUGAGAGUGGAGAGGGUGUCGUGGAGGACAUCGGGGCCCAAGCUCUGCUAUUGGGUACUGUACUGGGAGCUCCACAGAUAGCAGCAGCUGUUGACUCCAUCACCACAGCUCACGUGCAGGACGCUGCUAGAAAAGUUGCAUCAGGCAAGAAGUCCAUGGCUGCUUAUGGAAACCUGAGGUACACUCCUUAUCUGGACCAAGUUGCAAAGUAAAUAGGAUUGAUGAGAAUGUAGUAGAUCAAUAACCCCCACCAUCUUCUCUUGUUCAUGCAUUCACAAUUUUAUUUAUACAAAUUUGUAUUGUUCCCUGUACUUCCCUUUUAAAAGGAAGUUGUAUAAGAUAUCUGUGCUGUAUAAAUAAUUUAAGGAUAUUGCUGGUAAUAAAUAAAGUUAAAAGAGA